ACACACAGUCCCAGGAAGAAACUGAAACCCAGUAAGUAUACCAGGAGGAAUGUGGUGUCAUAAUCACCUAAAUGCUUUACUUGUCAUUACUUGGGUGUUUUGGCAAUGAACUGUGUUCUUUGUGCUUUUCUCCCAACAGUUAUCAAGAAUAUUUUGACAUAUAACAAUGAUUUUCCUUUUGAUGUGCAGCCAGUGCCCUUGAGGUAAAUUCUGAUCUGUGAACCAUCCCAAUGCAGGCUACUUACUGAUGUACCCAAUGUAGAGACGCACACAAAACCCGUUUUUGGUUUGAGUGCACAAUAAUCAGAACAAUUCAGAGCAAAUUAUGCAGUAGAACAAUGGCUGCCCCAGCUGAAUGCUCUAAUCUAAUGUUAUGUGUUUUGUUACUAUCUCCUAACAACAUGCUGAGCCUGUAAACAUUCAAAACAAGUUAUGGACAAUAAAGUAAUCUAACUAAUGAAAUCUUAAAUUCAGGAGAAUCCUUGCUCCAGGGGAGGAGGAGAACCUGGAGGUGGAGAACCUGGAGGUGGAGGAGGAGAGGAUGCUGCUACAGGAACAGGCUACCCAGUCCUUUCCCAACAGAGUGCCAGGUAAGUACUCACUAAGUACUUGCAAAGUACUCUCCAAAUACUGUGUUGUAUUCACUAUCUAAGAUAUAUGGAGCAUUAAUAACCUUUGGCCACAGUAUGUUGUAUGGUGGAUCUGUUGACUGUCAUUUUGCCAUGGUUGUUUUCUUCUAGCUUUGUGGCCCUGUUUUGAGGGCCUUUGUGAUUGCAGUCUCCUCUGUCGCCCUACUCUGUCCAUGCUGUGCAUGGCUUCAUCGCGCCAUUCACAGCUUUGCAAGGUAUGGUUUGCAAUAAGGGUCUGUUUUGCCAUAGCAUGAAAAUGAUUGCCUACUAAUGAGCAGCUUUUUAUUAUCAACAACCCUGUACUACUACUAGAUAGGCCUAGUUGUUGAAUCUACUUAUUUACAAGCGUUCACACCACAGGUAUUUCAUCUCAGCCUUAUCUGUUAGUCAGUCUACAGCUGCUUUUUCUGCUACCUACUAUUGCAUAGGUAAAAUAAUGGUGACAGUAAUGUCUUGAAAAUGGAUCUGCCACUGUAAAUACUGGCGACACUAUGGCCUCUAUGGGCCCUUCUCAAAAGUAGAACAUAGGGAGUAGGGUGCCAUUUGGGAUGCAACCAUUAUUUGAUUUAAUCUGCAGUAGCUCUGGGAAAGUGGGAAUGUUUUCAGUAAUCAGUGAAUAUUUAGAUAAUUACAGUUUGUGUCACUAACAGGUACAUUGUUGCCACGGCUACACUCUCAACCAGGAAUGUCGCUGCUCAUGAUAAAGAUUGACAUGAUUGGGCUGAUAGAUGCAGGGCAAUGCAUUGAUCCCUAUAUAACCGUUAGUGUGAAAGGUAGGAUACAUUGUUAACAUUGCAAAGAUCAAAUGCUUACAAUACUGUAUGUUCACAUCUGAAAUUACUGGUAUGGUCUGAAACAGUGAUAAUCUAGAAAAAUGUUAACAGAAUGAUCUCUGUUGAGGUGACACUUGAAAUUAAAUUAAAUCUAUUUCCCCCCCCUGCACAACAGCCCAAGAGAAUCUUAAGGUUUUGUUUCCCAACAGAUUUGAGUGGCAUUGAUUUGAACCCAGUGCAGGACACUCCUGUGGCGACCCGAAAGGAAGACACCUACAUUCACUUCAGUGCAGAUAUCAAGAUCCAGAGACAUAUCGAGAGACUAAAAAUGUAGUCAAACGUUCUAUUUCUACUGAAUUAGUAGUGGGGCUAAUGCAUAGUAUCAUGUAAUAUUAAUCUACUACAGUGUCAGUUAAUGUUCAAAUCCUUGCACAGUGAUUGGGCGGACAAUUGUUAAUACUACAUUUCGUUCAUGUUCAAGGGGAAGCGAUUUUCUUUGAGUUCAAGCACUAUAAACCCAAGAAGAGGUUUACCAGCACAACAUGUUUUGCCUUCAUGGAAAUGGAUGAGAUCAAACCUGGUCCCAUUGUGAUCGAGCUGUGAGUGACACAUUAUAUUGUUCAGUAACCUCCUCAAAUGCACUCUCUACAUUUUCUUUUUAGUUUAAAAUAAAUUCAAUUUGAUAUCGAUUUCUUCAGGAAUAUUAGUAAUUGUCUAGUGUUUGCCAAUAAGAUGUGAAAAUCUUUUUUUGGGGUCCGUCUGUCCUAUGAAUAUUCUGUUUGAAAUAUUCAUCUAUUUAUGCUCUUGGAUGUCAGAUACAAGAAGCCUGCUGACUUCAAGAGGAAGAAGCUUUAUCUCCACCUCCACCAGACGCUGCAUAAAGAC